AUGGCGCCAGUCCUUCCUAGGUUUGUGGUGUUGAAAGCAAAGAAUGACAAGUAUUUGCGUUGCGUUACUAAACAAGGAAGGUCGAAGAAUCUGAUUAAAGGCGACGUAGAGGAUAUUCUGAAUCCUGUGUCCAAGUUCAAAAUUGAGAGAGCCACCAGCAACCGAGAUUUAGUCCAUAUAAGAUGCUGCUACACCAACAAAUACCUUCGACGCGGUAAGCAACCAUCAUCACCUGUAAGCGCAACGGCUGAUGCGGUGGACGAAGACAAAUCCAAAUGGUCAUGCACGCUCUUCCAUCCCCUCCCCGUCGACGACAAAACCUGCCGCUUCCAGCACGUCCAGAGCGGCUUCAAUCUCUACCAGUGGAUAUCAGCUGAUGAAUAUAACGGCUGCUUAUUUGUUGCAAUGUCCGCCGACGACGAGGAAGCCCGUGGAUGCGAUCUCUUCUCGUUCACCGACUGGGAAUCACUUGUGGUGCUUCCCAAACAUGUGGCUGUCAAGGGAGACAACGGGAAGUAUCUGUUUUACCGCGGUACUGGGGACGAUGAGCAUAUGGAAUUUGGAGCUACUAAUAUUGGGGAUAAUAGAGUUGGGGAGCAAGUGUUCACCAAUCCUGACGGGAGCAUCCGUUUGAAGCAUGAUUCCAAUGGCAAAUUCUGGAGGGCUACCCCUAACUGGAUAUAUCCAGAUACAACCGACGAGUCCGCCUCCGAUCCAGCAACCUGUUUUUGGCCAGUCCGAAUCAAGGGAAACGCUAUCGCACUCCGUAGCAUGGGUAAUGACAGGUAUUUGCGAAGAACCGACUACGGUGGCACGGUGAACUGUCUUGCUGCGGCAUCUUGGGCGACGACUAUCGACAGGGAGAGCUACCUGGUGCUGGAAGAGCUGGUGAACAAGAGGGAAAUUUAUGAUGUGGAGUACCGGCUGGAGGAUGCCAGAGUGUAUAACGAAUCAAUCAUGACACUGGCGCGCUCCUGCGUCAGCAACAUGACAAAACAAACUGAAACUUUGGAGGUGGCAAUGACUUAUAAAGAGGCGAAGAGGUACGAGUGGAGCACCAGUACUUCCUCAUCUUUUUCCUUUAGUACCAAAGUUUCAAUGGGUGUUCCUGAGAUUUUCGACGCUGGCGUUGAGGUCACGGAGACAAAGGAGAGCGAAUACGAGUGGGGAACUACCAUUGAUGCAACCACAACUUUGGCAAAAAAAGUGCCCGUCAGCGUUAAACCAAUGACCAAGACAACAGUGACUCUUGUUGCAACACUUGGAUUUUGUGAUGUUCCUUUCUCCUACACUCAGAAAGACACCCUCACCAACGGCGAAAUCGAGUACACCGAAAAGCAUGACGGCUUUAGCAGAUCGGAUCCAGUUGCUAUGUGUAAGCAGCUAAGUUGA